AUGGGACUCACCAAGGACAAUGCCUCGAUUGGCAUUAUUGGCAUGGGCGAUAUGGGCAAGAUGUAUGCCCAGCGCCUGAGUGAUGCCGGAUGGAGGAUCAUCGCCUGUGACAGACCUGAGAACUAUGAAUCCUUACAACAAGAGUUCGCUUCUCAACCAAGGGUCACCAUCCUGCCGAAUGGCCAUCUCGUUUCCAGACUUAGCGAUUUCAUUCUUUACAGUGUAGAGGCCGGGAUAAUCGACAAGGUAGUGGCACAGUUCGGGCCCUCAACCAAGGCCGGCGCCAUCGUCGGCGGCCAAACGUCCUGCAAAGCCCCCGAGCUCGCGGCGUUCGAAAAACACCUGCCCCCGGAUGUAGAGAUUGUAUCCUGCCAUUCGCUCCAUGGCCCCAAGGUCAAUCCCCAGGGACAGCCGCUGGUCCUGAUCCAACAUCGAGCCUCGGACGAAAGCCUGCGAUUCGUCGAAGAGAUCCUAUCGUCGUUCGGGUCCAAAAUGGUCUACCUCACCGGCGAGCUGCAUGACCGCAUCACCGCCGACACCCAAGCUGUCACACACGCCGCCUUCCUCAGCAUGGGCACCGCGUGGGAAGCCAACCAACAGUUUCCCUGGGAGAUCUCACGCUGGGUCGGCGGGAUCGAGAACGUCAAGAUCAACAUCACCCUCCGCAUCUACUCGAACAAAUGGCACGUCUAUGCCGGCCUGGCCAUCCUCAACCCGGCGGCCAAGCAGCAGAUCCGCCAGUACGCACAGUCCGUCACCGAGCUGUAUAAACUCAUGAUUGGGGGACAACGGGAUGAGCUGAAGCGCCGCGUGAAAGCGGCCGGCGCAUCGGUCUUCAAGGCCGGCACGGAGGGACAAGACCUUUUGCUGAAGGACGAGGUGCUGGAUCGGUUUUCUCUGUCCAACCGCUCGCGCGAGAUGUCGCCUCCAAACAGCCAUUUGAGUCUGCUGGCGAUUGUGGACUGCUGGUCGAAAUUGGGGAUUGUUCCCUAUGACCACAUGAUCUGUUCGACUCCGCUGUUUCGUCUUUGGCUGGGCGUCACGGAAUACUUGUUCCGCAAUCCGGAGCUGCUCGAUGAAGCACUCGACACGGCGAUUGACGACAACACCUUCCGGUCGGACGAUUUGGAGUUUACCUUUGCAGCACGGGCCUGGUCCGACUGUGUAUCCUUUGGAGACUUUGAAUCCUAUCGGGACCGCUUCGAGCGGAUCCAGCAGUACUUCUCGCCUCAAUUCCCCGAGGCAGCGAAACUGGGCAAUGAGAUGAUGAAGACGAUUCUGGAGAAGACGGAAAACAAGGCAUAA